AUGAGGAAAACAAGUAUUUUAUUAAGUUUUUUUGUUCUUCUUAUAAAUAAUUUAGUUCAAGGUCAUUUGCAUUUAGAUUGGGAUACACCAAAUCAAGCACUUAAUCAAAGUUUGUUCGAAGAUGUGCUUGAUUCUGAGGAAUGCCGUAGACAAAUUAACUUUUUAAGGGAUAACACACUACAGUUAGCUUUAUUUUUAGAUGCUGGUAUCAGGAUUCCCCGAGGCAUAUUUGAUGGCAAUACAAUGGAUUUAGGCAAUUACCACCAGUGUUUAAAUAUUAACCUACCUCUUAAUAAUACUGCUAUUGAGGGUAAAUAUUGCAUGAUUCGAGUUCCCUUCAACCAGGAAUUGGAUCUGCCGAACUCAUCUACUCCAAGGUGGUUAAAUUUUAACCCCAGUUCCUUGCGUAUGGACGAGGAUGUUAUAUCAAUGUUAAAAGAUUACAGUUACAGAAGAACAGCAUUAAAGGCGCUAUUUGGCACUGAUCUGAAUGAAAUAAGAUCGGGGCUUGGCAAUCCUCUACAGUAUUCAGUGUUUCGAUUAGCUGUUUGUAUACCAAAGCCUUGCACUACACAGGAAGCCAUAUCUGAACUGCUUUUUAAUAUUAGUUCUAUAGGAUUUCAGUAUGAAGAUGAUUAUUGCCGUCUGCCAAAUGAUAAACCAUGGGUACCUGCAGACUACACCGCUAUGUAA